UCAGAGUGAGUCUGAAGAUCCAGUGUCUGAUCUCUGGGUGAAACUCACAGAGCAGCAGUCAGUCAGACAGUCAGUUUAUAGAUAGAGGGGCAACAGGCGAGCUGACCACACUCACACUCACACUCACAGAGAGAGAGAGAGAGAGAGAGGAGCGUGGGAGAAGAAGGAUCAGCCCAGCCGCCGAGAUCAGACUAAAAUUAGACUGAUCUCAGACCGAGAUCAGACUGCCCCUCUCUCUCAGAGCAGCAGCCCGGAGCCGGUGAUCACAGAGCAGUCCGCGUCCCUUCAGGCAGGCACUCAUGGCGCUGUGUAACGGGGAUACCAAGCUGGAUAUCAGUAGCGAGCCGAAAGAUGCGCUGUGUGACUAUGAGGGGGCCGUGGUCAUCUUGGAUGCUGGGGCUCAGUACGGGAAGGUGAUUGACCGGCGAGUGCGAGAGCUGUUCGUCCAGUCGGAGAUCCUGCCCCUAGAAACCCCCGCCUUCGCCAUUAGAGAACAGGGCUUCAGGGCCAUCAUCAUAUCUGGCGGUCCAAACUCAGUCUACGCAGAAGAUGCCCCCUGGUUUGACCCGGCUAUAUUCACCAUUGGGAAGCCUGUCCUGGGAAUCUGCUAUGGCAUGCAGAUGAUGAAUAAAGUGUUUGGGGGAACAGUACACAGAAAAAGUGUGAGAGAAGAUGGCGUGUUCAGUAUUGGUAUUGACAACUCCUGCUCACUAUUCAGGGGUCUACAGAAGGAGGAGCUGGUGCUGUUGACUCAUGGUGACAGUGUGGAUAAAGUGGCAGAUGGAUUCAAAGUGGUCGCUCAGUCUGGAAACAUUAUUGCAGGCAUUGCUAAUGAACAGAAGAAGCUGUACGGCACACAGUUUCACCCCGAAGUGGAUCUGACGGAGCGGGGAAUGGACAUGCUGCGGAACUUCCUGUUCGAGAUCGCCGGCUGCACCAGCAACUUCACCGUUCAGAACAGGCAGCUGAGCUGCAUCCGUGAAAUUCAGGAGAAAGUGGACAAAUCCAAAGUGCUGGUGUUGCUGAGUGGUGGUGUGGACUCCACUGUGUGCACAGCUCUGCUGAAUAAGGCUCUGAAUCAGGAGCAGGUGAUCGCCGUUCACAUCGAUAACGGCUUCAUGAGGAAGAGAGAAAGCCAAAGCGUGGAAGAGGCGCUCACCAAACUCGGCAUUAAACUUAAAGUGGUAAACGCAGCACACACUUUCUACAAUGGCACCACAACACUGCCCAUCUCUGAAGAAGACCGCACUCCCAGAAAACGUAUUAGCAAGACCCUCAACAUGACCACCAACCCUGAGGAGAAGAGGAAGAUCAUUGGAGACACGUUUGUCAAGGUAGCGAAUGAGGUGAUUGGUGAGAUGAAUCUGAAACCGGAGGAGGUGUACCUGGCACAGGGCACACUCAGACCAGACCUGAUCGAAAGUGCCUCCCACCUGGCCAGUGGCAAAGCUGAGGUCAUCAAAACGCAUCACAAUGACACUGAGCUCAUCCGCAAACUCAGAGAUGAGGGGAAAGUAAUCGAGCCGCUGAAAGAUUUCCACAAGGAUGAAGUUCGGGCGCUUGGUCGAGAGCUGGGGCUCCCCGAGGAGAUCGUCUCUCGACACCCCUUCCCUGGUCCAGGCUUGGCCAUUAGAGUCAUCUGUGCUGAUGAGCCGUACGUCUGCAAAGACUUUGCUGAGACCAACAACAUCCUGAAAAUCAUCACAGACUUCUCCGCCAGUGUUAAAAAGCCUCACACUCUGCUGCAGAGAGUGAAGUCCUGCAUAUCAGAUGAGGAGGAGGAGAAACUGAUGCAGAUCACCAGCCUUCAUUCACUAAAUGCCUUCCUGCUGCCAAUCAAAACCGUGGGUGUCCAGGGCGACUCACGGUCAUACAGCUAUGUGUGUGGGUUGACCAGUAAAGAAGCUCCUCACUGGGAAUCGCUCAUGUUCCUCGCCAGACUCAUUCCUCGUAUCUGCCAUUCCAUUAACAGAGUUGUGUACGUCUUCGGAUCACACGUAAAGGAACCUCCCACAGACAUCACUCCCACCUUCCUGACCACUGGUGUACUGAGCACGCUCAGACAGGCAGACUUUGUGGCCCACUCUAUUCUGAGGGAGUCUGGUUACUCAAGUAAGAUCAGUCAGAUGCCUGUCAUCCUGGUGCCGCUGCAUUUCGACCGCGACCCUCUGCAGAAGCAGCCCUCCUGCAGGCGCUCCGUCGUCAUUAGAACCUUCAUCACUAGUGACUUCAUGACCGGCAUUCCCGCCACGCCCGACAACCACAUCCCUGAGGAAGUGGUGCUGAAGAUGGUCAGUGAGAUUAAGAAAAUCCCAGGCAUCUCCAGGGUGAUGUACGAUCUCACGUCCAAACCUCCAGGAACCACAGAGUGGGAGUAGAGUGGACUGGCUCUCCUACUUCUCUCUCUUUGUUUGUUUUUUUUUCUUUCUGUACCUCCCCUUCCCUUCCUAUCCCCUUAUCCCACUAUACCGGUGUUGCCACCCUUUCCAACUCACCCCCCCCCCCCCCAACCCCUUGAACCUACAGAGAACACAACAUUCCCUUUGAUGGCAGGCAGUACUGUGAUUAGCACACACCCGAAGCCGCUACUUCAACACUGCCUCAUUUUUUGGGGCUUUUAUUAUUAUUAUCAUUAAUAUUAUUAUUAUUAUUAUUAUUAUUAUUACUAAAAGCUCAUCAUUGAUUAUAAUGAUGGUACAAUUAUUGCAUUUAUUUCAGGUAUCAGCCAUCUGUGUUGUGACAGUUUUUUUUUUUGUUUUUUUUUUCUCUGCUAAUGCUAAAACGUCAAAGGUCAGAUUCUGGCAGGCCGUUGUGUCCACAUGACGCACAGUGAACAGCUUGUUGACAGGCAGUCAAUCGUUUCAAGAGGUUUUCCAGCAUCGCUGCUUUAUUUUUCUCAUGAACCGGCUCUGGUGCACUGCUGGCUUCUUGAAUAUUUUUUAUUAUUCUCUCUGAGGUUUCUGGCGGUAUUUAUUAUGAAGUUAGCUGCAGGCAGUAGUAGCUCAAUCACCCAUUCAUGAUGUGACCAAUCAGUGUGUUGUGUGGGUUCUCCUUUUUGUUUUUUCCUUCUUAAAGUUUAUUUGCCAAAUAUAGUUGAUUAUUUGAGGCUGAGGGGCUCAGAGAGCUACCGCUGUGUUAAGAUAUUUUUUACCCCUAUUCUAGUCAUGUUAUUCUCACAUUAUGGCAUGGAAGCCCACCUCUUGUGUAUCCUCUUUUCAAAGGACAUCAAUGUAGAAAGAUUGUAUUCCAACGCUCAAGUUUGUUGCAUUUCUAUUGGUCCAUUCAUUGUGCAUCAUUAUUUGUCCAAGUACCAAGAAGAGCUGCCCAGUUCACAAAAAGGCAAAAAGUGAAAAACAGCAGAAAUGAAGGUACAAAUGUAAAUAUGUUGACUUGGUAUCUCAAAACAAUAAUGUAUCCUAACAAAUAAAUAAUCAUUUCCAAUUUACAGUUGUUAAAUGUAGAUGCUACACUAUAUGAACACAAUUGUUGGGAGACUUGCUUAUAAAUCUUAUUAAUUCAGGGUAUUAAAAAGAGUCAAUGAUGCUUUUGUUGGGGUAACUUUUGGGGUACUGUCCAUGGUAGACUUUAUACAAGGGGUACAAAAGGUACUAUGAGAAUUUCUGGAGGUUAAAUGAUCCUCAACCCCAAAACUCAUCCCCAGCUCCUAAACUCAUCCCAAAAGUAUGAGAACACAGAUCCACUGCCCCAAAGAUCAAUUCUGGGGACUUUAUACCCUCUAGCCCAAUCCUGGCCUUAGGAACUGUGUCAGUAGUAGCCAGUAGUUUGAUGUUUAUCUGACGUCUAUUCAGAGUGUCCCCUUCUGUACAAGUACUAGACAAGCUGUAUGUCUCAGCAAAGGAUGCUAAACAUCAAAGUUGCUGAAUGCAUUCAUUCAUAGAUAUUCACAGAUUCAUAGAUAGACGAGGUGUCCACAAACCUUUGGAAAUAUAGUGUAUGUCAAUAUUUCUAGAGAUUUCUGUAUGGCUGUAUUUUAUGUGUUAGGACUACUGAUAUUUGUUGGAAUAUUGGAACAAACUAUUUUUUGGAAUAAAAGAUUUAGCAUUAUAAAGCCUUAUGAACACUGAUCUUACUUCAGCAAAAUUCAAGAUUAUUAUGCACUGCUUGCCAGUAUUGGGAUUUUUCAUCCGUUUGGUAGGAGCUGAAGGGCUUCCAUCUCAUAGAGAGAUCCAUGACUAGUUAGGCCCUGCCCACACGUAUCUGGAUUUUUUUUUUUUACUUUUUGGCCUUCUGUCUACGCUAAAAUUCCAUUUUUGGUCACUGGAAACAAAGCUUUUAGGAAAUACUCUUUAAAGCUAGAAUUUUGUGACAGCUCUGUUUUCAGUGUUGUGUUUGUGUGGACAAGCAAAAGGUAGCAUGCGUGUUUCUGACUCAAUCUUAAAUACUCCAAUACUCACUAUAUAGUGAACUACGCAAGUCAUAAAACACAUGGACAAAGAUAGCACUUGAUGUUUUAGAUUUUCACAUAAAUAAUAAAAUACAUCAAGUUUAGAAUUCAGAUUUUUGUAAUUUUAUGACUUGCAUAGUACACACUACUUAGGGAGCUGUGUGAAAUUUGGGAUUGAACCAGUGCAUUUUCUUUCUUCUCCUGUGGUGUCGAUGUCUCUGUUUUUAAGGUACUUUCGUCACCUACAGGGCUAGCGGUCUUGUGCAAGCUCUUUUUUUUCCUCUUAAAUAUCCAGAUACGUGUGGAUGUAGCUUUAGACAGAAACGUUCUGCUGUGAAGGAGCUUCCCAGGGAGUUGGAAGUUUCCUGGAUUUUGUGCCUGGUUCUUUAUCUUUUUUUCUUUUUUUUUUCUCGGGCCCAUGAAUCUUGCCCAAACUUACUGACACUCCCACAGUGGAGAGCAAACUAACAUGUGCUGCAUAUUUUGUCUUUUUGCUUUUUAAUGAAAAGAAAGUUGAUGAUUAUGAUAAGACAUCGAUUAGAGAAGGUAAAUAUAUCUAUAUAAAUAAUUGGUGUCUGAUUUAGUAAAUAUAUUUUUCUUUUCCAAACCCUCAUCCUGGUCUUUAUGGCCACGUGGUCAUCACCGUGGCUGCUCCCAUAUGCAUACGUAUUUGUUUGUUUGUGUUUGCGUGUGUGUGUAUGGGACUCAUUUUUGCACAUUAGCUAAAGCUGGGUAAUAUGGCAAACAUGCAUCUAUCAUCAUGAUAUUUUAAGACUUUUUCACAAUACAUACUUUGCUCAUUUUGAAUUUUAGUGUCAGAUUAGUGUCAGAUUUUUAAAAAGUGCUAUCCAAAUUAGAAAUGCACUGAAUAUUUGGCAAUCCGAAGUAUUUGGCUUGAAAUGGCAAAAUGUGUCAAUGUCAAUUUAGUUCGAUUUCAGUUUAAAAUAAAAUGAUUGAUUUUUGAUAAAAAUGAUACCCACAUUGUAUUCAGGAAAACAAGCAUGUUGUGUAUCAUUAUAACCAACCACAAUAAAUUAUUGAGGAAAUAUUGCCCAGCUCUAACAUUAACUGCGUCUUGUUUUUAACCCAUAAGGCCUUGGUGCUUUUCCUCUGUGUAGUGGAGGCGUUCCUCCCGUGGCCAGACAGAGGAGGCUGGAGUUUUGAGGGACAGGGAAAGGGCAUUGCCGUGAGUCAGCUCUUCUCUUGACUGAUCCAUAAGCUAUGAAUUGAAAUGAAAUGAAAUGGAACCCUCACCUGGGCAGAAUGGUGCUUGUGGACCCAAAUAAGGAUCUGAAGGGUCCGGAGGGUCUUUUGUGCUUCUGUUCCUCGACUCUACGUAGAGGUUUGUUUGGGCGAAAACAAAGCUAUGCCAGGCCCAGCACUCGAAUCUUUCGGCUGUAGAUACGAUUUGAAGUGUCAUAAUGAUGAGUAACAUGCCUAGCUAUUUAUUGUCUUUGUAUGUUUCAUUUCAGAAUCCUCUUGUUUGGAUAGCAAAAGAAAAGCGGAAAAAAAAUUUAAGCAAUGCAAGGUGGACUCGUUCCUCGUCUUAACUGCAAACCGUGUUCUUAAUGACUCUCUGUCGCCUUUUUACGUGUAUAUUUUACAUGUGUCUACUUGGAAAGAAAACACCAGUAAACUGAACUUUAAAUAAGUAGUGGGUUGAACUGCAAUAUGACAUGGUAUUCAGUUUGAUUUAUGCAAUUCUGUUCCAAUUUCUUCGUUUUUUUUUUUGGUUCUUUUUUGUAUAAGAAUGAACAAAGCUGUUCUUUUCUCCUUAGUAUUGUGCCUCAAAACCAAGCCACUGCAUGCAGUUUCCUGAAGAAUUGAAAUUUGUAUGAAAUCUGAGCUUUAAUAAAGAAGUCCAUGUUUAACUUUCA